AUGACAACGGAAGAUCCAAAAGUACUAUACCCUCUGCAUUACCAUGUUUGGAAUAAUGAUUAUAUGGCUUUGGAUGAGCUACUUCACCAGAAAAAGCAUGAUAUAGAAAAACUGGAUCCUCAUGGGAGAACCCCAUUAAUGUUAUGCAUUGUACUUGAUCAUUUGGAUAAAUUCUGGACAGCUGCACAGGAGGCCAUUGCAACAGGAGACCCUGAACUUGUUAAACUAAUCUUGGUUCAUAGAGAUGCUCAGAUUGUCCGUCAUCAGGCUGUUAUAGUUGCAGAUUUACUACAGAAGCUCAGAGAAACCCCCGAUUUUUAUAUUGAAAUGAAAUGGGAGUUCACUAGUUGGCUACCACUUGUAUCGCGUAUGUGUCCAAGUGAUGUUUGUCGAGUAUGGAAAUGUGGAUCAAAUGUUAGAAUUGAUACGAAUCUACUGGGAUUUAAUGGCUCAGCAUCAUGGGUUCGUGGUCAUCUGAGCUAUAUGUUUCGAGCCGGAGAAUCUGGAGCAUAUAUGGAUGAAGUAAACCACACUGAUAGAACUAUUUAUCGGCAUAACGUAAAUUUACUUAGUCGGUCCGAUGGAAUGGAUAGCACACCAGGUGCUGGAAGUGGUGCUGGUGCUGCAGCUACUGCUGCUGCCCAACUCUUUGUACGUGAACCUUCGGAAAGUACUAUUGCAAACAAAUUAACUCAACCUAUUUUCGUUACAUAUUUGGAUACAGAUAAAAUAGAGUUUGAGAAAAGUAAAUCGGGAAUUUUAGGUUGGCGAUCUGAUCGUAAAGAAACUAUUAACAAUCAUCCUUGUCAAGUAUACUGUGCAUCGAAUGUACAAAUCAUCACAUUACGUCGUACAGAACAUUUAACUGAAGAAAAUCUACGUGAUCUUAAUCAACAGCAUAAUCCUAAUGAUAAUGAACAUGGUGGUGUUUGUGGUGUCAGUGAUGACAUAGUAUUUCCAGGUGGUCGAGGCAAUUUACUAACAAAUCUACUACAAACAGCCGCAUCUGAAAAUAAGACCAAAACUGAUUUAGCUGUUACGCAUGAAGCAGCAAGCUACAAUCCAAAUCAUAUAACAGCACAACAAUAUUUUUCACGUAAUAUUGGUACACAAAUUCAUUUAGAUGAUAUUGGUCGACCGAAAGCGAUGAUAACAAAAGUAAAGACAUUUAAAGCACGUUUAUGGAUAUGUCGUGAUUAUCCUUUAUCAUUGAAAGAUCAAAUUAUACCGAUUAUUGAUUUAAUGUCUGAAUAUAAUCCAUACUUUCAUAAAUUGAAAGAAUUUCUUACUAAACAAUUGCCUAGUGGAUUUCCACUGAAAGUUGAAAUUCCGCUUUAUCAUGUCUUAAAUGCAUGCGUCUCAUUUGGCAAUUUACAUGGUCAAGAUAAUAGUGUGUAUGGCGUUUCUACAGUACCUAUUGGUAGUAAGGACUCUGGUGUGCAUCAUCCAUCAGAUUCAACAGAUACACAUAAGAAAACGGAUAGUCCUACAACUAGUAAAUUUGCAUCUGAUAAUCAAACUGAUCAACCAUUACUUGAAUCUUCAACGGAAUCCAGUUCAUUACAACCACUUAAAUGUGUUAUUGAUGAAAGUGUAUUUGAUGUAGGCAAAGGAUAUCAUUUGAUAGUUGAGAAUUCACCUGGACACUAUGGAGCUUUGUAUGAUGAAGAACAAAUGGUUCAAAUGGCUGUUCAACGAAGUUUAGUAGAAUAUGGAUCAUCGGAAAACUUGAUACAAAGAGAUUAUUCAUUGUCUAAACGAGGUAUAGUCGAGGCGAGAGCUGAUGAAUACGUUGAACCAGAAGAAGCUUGGAUGCAACAAGCAAUCGCAGCCAGUUUAAGUCUUGACGGUGCUGAAAUUCCUGUAACAAGUGCGGAUGCAGCCUAUAUGAAAGCUUUAGAAGAAUCUCGUAUUGAACAAGAACUUGAAGAAAAACGUCGCCGAGCUGAGGAUGAAGAAUUAGCACGUAUACUUGAGUUGUCAACCAAAGAAAAAUAACUAAUUAUCUUGUUCUGUUUUACAAAAUUUGAUAAAUUAUAUCUUUGUUCGUAUACGGUAUAUCCCUUUCGAAAACACUUACACGCAAAUACAUACUACUGUGUCGAACUAUAACAAUAAUAAUGGAAGUUCAACAUUACUUCAUCAUAUCACAUGUGAUAUAAAAACAAAAUUACCAGAAAUGUAUUGUAUGCUACCUAUUCGAUCCCUGUAUAAAACUUAUCUGACUUGAUAGUCAAACAAAUCGCUUUCAUUCAUCUUCCCACUUCAUACAAAAAUCUCUGCAUAGUUGAUAGUCAUUUAGUAAUGAUUUUUAACCUUUAAUAUAUUCGUAUGGAAAUUAUAUAACUAAUAAGAAUAUAAUGUAUGCCUUCCUGCUUUGGAACUCCUACUAAUGAAGAUAUAACAACACCAAAUUAUAUUUUAAAUCUGUGCAUUAAUGUUAUUAUUUAUAGCCUUGCUUAAUACGCUUAUUUUAUUACCAUUAGUUAAUGCUGAUGUAAAACGAUUCUUGUAAUGUCGUCUUUAUCGCCUUCUGUUUAGCAAAUGUAAUAUCUGUUCUUAAUGAAAGUCUACUGUAUAAAUACAUCUUCACUAUAUUAUCUGAAUACUUUAUGUAGUAAGCGUAAUUCCCCCCCCUACCAUAGCCUUAACUCUCCCAACAAUAAUAGUUAAAACAAAUAAAUGUUUCUCAGUUUUAUUUCUUACGCUUAACCUGAUCCGAUUAAUUUAAUUGAUAAUGAUAAUAAUCAUUCUAGUCAGUAGUACAUGAAUGUCAUUAUCCGUCUUUUUGUGCGUUAUUAUUUUAUCCUAUCAAUCAUGUAACUGCUUUUUGUUGUUUAUUUUAAUUUCUCGUUAUUGUUUGGCUUCAUUUUCUAGUAAUAUCCAUGUGAUUCGAUAAUUAAUCAUUCUUAUAAAAAUUAUUAUUGGACAUCGAAUUCGUCUGUGUAUGGUGUUAGCUAUUAUUCUUAUUCUAUGAAAGGUUUAAGAUUGCUUAUGUAACAUGUUCAAUCGAUUGCUAUAAUAUGACUAAUUGGUGCUUUUAUGUUC